AGUUUAAACCCGUCCCUCUAGUCGGGUGGACGCUCGUCCCAGAUCGUUCCUCUGUUACGCCUCCUGGAACGUUACCACGAUGAGACCGAGAUCCAGGCACCGGCGUGCAGGUGAACCUCUGUCAUGAGCAUCAGUCGCCGGCUGACGCUCGUGCAAUAAAGUCGUGUGAGGACGCUACAGGAAUUUCGUUUGAUGAGAGGAACUGCACGCAUCCUUGGAAUAGACUGAACCCAGGUUGAGUGAUUAUGUGGUAGUGAACUCUGGUGCUUAAUUUGUUGUGACAAGGAACAUUUUUACCGCAACUAUGUGCUCGACAGACUUUGGAAUGUUGGAUCUCCUUUUUGAAAAGGAGGACCCGUCUUGCAAAGGUUUGCCUGACGGGUUUAAGAACACGCUCUUCAGCAGCUCUGAGGCUGUCUUGGACGAUGGUGACAUCGACAUCAAGGAGGAGGUGCUUGAUUCCGGCACCAUCGACUGGAAAAUGUCGAGUGAGUGGGACGCAGACGAGUUGCUUCGCUCCGUGCUGGACGGCAACGACAUGACUUCCCCGAGCCUCGGUACACCUGCACUAGACUCCUUGGGCGGCCUUGGAUCCUCCUCCCACCACACCCUCGACCCCUCCUCGCUCUCCACUCCCACGCUGGAGGCCCCAGACGACGACAUGGACUCCCUCGAAAACCUCGUGGGUCUGCCCUUCCAUGCCGUGCUGGACUCCGCCGCCUCCGACUCCGGCAUGUCCAGUGACUCCUCCCUGGACCAGCAGAUGUCUCCCCUGUCGGGUUACUCCUCGCCGGGCUCCUUGGCUGAUGUGGGCCUGGGCAGCGGCCUUGGGAUGUCCUCCCCUGACCCCGCCGUGGACGCCACCUCAGACGUGUCCUCUGCCAGCGAUCUGGGUUCUCUGGGAUCACUGGGCUCCACUUCCCCGGCAGGAAGCUCCCCCAUUAUUACUUCUCCACGCAGCCCCGACAACGUUUUCUCCCUGGAAGAUUUCAUUCAUCCAGAUUCUGGGUUCUCUUCACCGGUGCCUCAGGAGGUGGGAAGCAGUAUUGUGUCGCCGACCACGUCAGUGACAACGCCCAUCUUCACUACUGCCAGGCCUACUUUCGUCACUAAGACCGCGGCCCCCACCGGUGCCACCAUCGUGAACAGGUCUGCGGCAUCCACCCUCAUCAGCAAGCCCAACGCCACUUCCACCACCGGCCCGGUGCUCAAGACGGUGACGGUGGCGGCGCCAGCUAGCUCGGUGGGCACUGUCGGCGGCCAGACCAUCGUGGUGACGCAGGCCAACAGGGGCGGCGGCAACGCCCACGUGGUUCGUGGCGGGACACUUCUCAAAUCCAACCAGACGUCACGCUCCAUCCUGCUUCCCGUCACGGUGAAGGACCUAAAUCAGGUCCGCACCAUUAAGAUCAUCAGCACGGGGGGCAGCGCGGGCAUGGGGACGCGUGGAGUGCGGACUGUCGUCUCCACCGUCCGCACGCCUUCCACUACCUCCUCCACCCCCUCUUCCACCGCCUCCCUCAACAGUCAGUCCAUCCGCACUUCCCUUCUCGGCACAGUCAGAGGCCAGGAAACCAAAUCCAUCCUGAAGAGUGGCGCCGCUACUGUGCUCACCACUUCAGCCCGCCCCGCCGUCACCACCACCUCCUUCAUCCACUCCUCCCCGACGCGCAUCAAAGUGGAGGCAAAGACCAACGACGAUGAUGAUGAUGAUGACGACGAUGAUGACGAUCGGCACACGUCUUUCCAGCAGCUGACUCUCUCCGAUGAAGAAAAGAGGCUGCUGAAGAAGGAAGGGAUCAUGCUACCUACCCAUUACCCUUUAACUAAGCAGGAAGAGAGGGAGCUCAAAAGAAUAAGGCGCAAGAUCCGAAAUAAGAUCUCAGCACAGGACUCCAGGAAACGCAAGAAGGAGUACAUUGAUGGAUUAGAAGACAGAGUGAAGGCUUGCACAGAAGAGAACCAACAGCUGCAGAAGCGGAUCCGCAGUUUGGAGGCCCAAAAUGAGUCCCUCUUAGUACAGAUGAGGAGGUUCCAGAAUGCUGUCACAGGAGGAAACUCUGGACGCUUACAGACUCAUGCUUCCACUGCCCUCAUGAUGCUCAUCCUCUCGGCAGCACUUUUCAUUGUACCCUCAAUGCGGCAGGAUAAUGGAAAUUCUGCUGACAGUGAGCUUUCCAUGCCAUCAUCCAAAAUGCCUCCUGCAGGUCACACACGCAGUCUUCUUGAGGUUGGGAACAUGGGCACAUUGGAAGUGCUUGAGGGUGUGGAAGAUGAGCUGACCCUUGAGCUUGAAACCCCUCUAACCCAGGCCCUUAGUGACCAUGACUAUACACCUGUGGCCAAGAAGCAGCGCACAGCCUCUCCAAGGGGAACUGCAUACUUUGUGCCACCCUUGGAUGACUACCCUCCCCUGCACGACAAGACUGAUUCAGGUGGAGGCUUUCCUCCAGAUGAUGGUGGUUCAGGGACAAAAAUAUCUGCCAGAAUAGUGGACAGUCUGGCAGAUCAUAUGUCCAACAACUACUCUGAUCCUGGAGGGAAGUCUGGUGGUAACUCCAAGUCUGUGGUGGUGAAUCUCUCCAAGGGAAAGAAAAGACUAAGAGAUGACCUUGAACUGGAGUGAAGAUUGUGUCAUUUUGGGCGGUGCUCUCUUUGAUGUACGUGUUGAGGUGUGUGAAAGAAGCCUCAGAAGGGAGUAUGCAGCCUCUGUGAGUGUCUACUCAUUGAGGCUGUCAUUUGUGCUGAGUGGGGGGACCUGCCUCAGCCACAGAUGCUUCCACUGUUCUACAGUCUGCCCUGCAACCUGAAAAUUUUAUCCUCCACAAAUUUAUAUUCAUCCUCCUCUUUUAUUCAUGUGUGGAAACUUAAAUGCUACACCUUUUCAUUCUUGGUCAUUCACUCAAUUUUCUGCUGUGCAACAAUCAGUUUCACUAAAGGUUUAAGAUGAAUCUAAAAUCUAAGCACGAACUAGGAGGAAGGAGGGCAUGCAGGCUACUGCAUACUGGUGGCAUAGUGAGUAAGCUGCACUGAGUGAUGCAUUCCUGUGGUAUGGUCAGGUUUGGGGAAAUGUGGGGCCUCGAGCUGCGGCCCUGAUGUGCUGUAGAGGGACUGGGAUGUCUCAGAUAUGCAUAAUGGGUUUGCUUUGGUGUUAAUUUAUGAAAUGAUAUCUUUAAUAAUUACUUGUUUUUAUAUUGAUAAUUUAAACAUAAUUACCUGUAGAGAAAAUAAAGAAAUAUUAGAAUGCAAAUUAUUUAUCAGUAAAUGAAUAUUGAAUUAUUUAUCAAUAAAUGAAUAUUGAAAUGAAACUUUUCAUCAUUGGUAUUUGAUGACUGUCCACAUUGUCAAUACUAAAAGUCAGAGUACAGUAUAUCACAAUAUCCAUAUUAAUUUGGACUGAAUCGAUGUAUGCUGAAAUUUAAGGAAAUAAUGCAAAGGAGAGUUAUUUCUAUGUUCAUAAAAUGGUAACGUCCAGUGGUAAAAGAUAACAAUGUGGAUAUAUUCUCUUAUUCCUUAUGGACCAAUGCAAGUUAUCUAAUCUCUUUCAUUUUUUGCACAUUUGUUAUCAAGUCAACUUUGUAAGAGAACUAGCAUGAUACAAACAUAUGCUAUUUGAUCAUUUUUGUAGAGACUAAUAAAGGAAUAAAUAUAUUUUAAGCUAA